UGAAUGCCAUUCGCAGACCAUUUCCUUAGCGAGAGAUUUGAUUACAAAACUACUGAUUAGAAGCUUUGAAGUGACAAAUGAAGCGAUCAUUUCAAGUGAAGUAAUGAAGUAAUCGUUGCCUUUAUUUCCAAUUGUUGUGCGAAAUAUUAGUCCAAAUUUUUUAAGGCCAUUAUUUGCUGUGAAUUUGUGUAGUUUUCGCUGACAAUUGAUUUGAUUUAUUGUUUGCUUCAAUCAGUGCUCAAGAGUUUGAUUGAUUGUAAUUAAUAACUCGUUGUAUGAAUUGAUGGUAUAAUCGACAGUCAUGUCACUCGAAGACCCCUUUUUUGUGGUUAGAGACGAAGUGGUGAAGGCGUUGGCCAAAUGCCGGACCAACUUUGACCGCUGGACCGACUUCUUGGACGAACCGAAUGGCACCACAAAAGAGG